AUGCCCUGGAAGCGCAGGAAAUCACUGCGUGGAGCUGGUGUUGUCAUAUGGUUUAUUGUGGUCAUGCUCGGGCAAAAUGUCAGAGCUGCCACUAUGAAUAGCUUGCCGCCAAGGUGUGCAAGAAAUGCUUGUACAAGACCACCAGUUCGAUCUGUCCGGGUAUGGCCACAAGCAGCCCAAGGACAUCACAGCCGAACUUCGUUGCUUGCUCUUCCGUUCUCUGCAACAGGUCUGCAUUUGCCACGCAUUUUUAUCUUACUGCUGUUCAUUGCGGUGGACAGCGGGCAGGCCCUGGUUAUGGAUUGGGCUGAAAAAAGGCCCUACAAACAGCAUCGGCCAGGAAGACAGUACGCGAGACAAACAGCAUUGGUUGUGGAAUCUGGGCUUUCAAUGAUCACAGGCUUGGCACUCUUGCUUGCCAGUGGAGAAAGACUUAGCGCAGUUGGGCCGCUUUUUCUCCGAUUCUUUCCUGUCGCUCUUUGCUUUGCAAUCGGGCUUUCUUUGAAGAUGAUGGCUGUGAACCAUUUCCAGGCUGGUACUAUCAAGAUUGUUGGUCAGUUGCGGUUGGGUCUGGUAGCCGUAGCCUCGACCAUAAUCUUUUCUCGAAGGUAUUCGUCAAUGCAAUGGCUUGCCAUCACCUCCGUCACAGUCUGUUGUGUGCGGUUUGUGCAGCUGAAGGGUCGGGGCAGGAACCGUCAAGGAAAGCCAUGGAAGUGGGUUGGGUUGUCCCAGCUCUAUGGGUGGGUUUGCAUGAAUGUCGUGGGUGGCAUUUUGGCCGAAAAAACGUACAAAAGCAGUAACAUGCCUUACUACAUCCAAAAAGUUGCCCAGGACAUGGGACACUUGGUCACAUCGCUAGUCAUGCUUUUCUUGGUGGUUCCCCGCUUUUAUCCGAGUGAGGAUGUCAGUUUGCCAUAUUAUACUUGA